AUGAAGCGACUCUUUCGCUUCAUUGGGCUGCAGCCGGCCACUGCAACCCAUUCGAAAGAGUUCAACCAUCAUGUGAUAGAUCCCAUAUCCCCAUGGGAAAAUCCGAAAUUAACAGAGACUUCGUGCAACAACUUACCAUCAUAUUUCAGAUCUUUUACACGGUAUUUGCCAAAUACACCAGAGCUGGAGAAGGAUUGCUUGAUGCCUCUUGGUAUUGUGAUUGAUCCAGGACGAGUUACAAAUGUUCCGAUGAUUGAUUUUUCGCAUACGGAAAUUCCAAGGUGUUCAAAAUGCUCUGCUUAUCUGUCUUGCUUUUGCACUCUAUCAUAUGAUCAGAGGAGUUGGAAAUGCGCAAUUUGCGGCAAUACAACAAAAUUUACACCAAGAUAUUUGAGAAAUUACUCAAAUUUUAAAGAAUUGACAUGUUCGGUAUAUGACAUGAAAGCCCCAAGAUCCUAUAUAAAGCGUCCACAAAUCACGAAAUCCUUUCUAUUUAUAAUUGACAUAUCAGAAAACGCAAUUUUAUCAGGGUUCACAAAGCAAUUCAUUCAGACUCUGAAAAUAACUAUCGAGAAAUUACCAGAUUCGACGUCAAUUAGCUUGGUUACAAGCGGCAAUUUUGUUUCUGUAUUCGAUAUACAGAAUAUGAAAGAAACAAUCAUCCCAGACCCUAUUGGUUUUGUUGGAACACCAAACUACAUUCCGUUACUUGGUAAUGUCAGAGAAAAACUCAUGAUUUUAUUUGAUAAAUUGUUAUUACGACAACCGACAUCGAAAAUCAACUGUUUCGGUAGUGCUUUGUCUGUUGCUGGCUCCAUACUACGUGUUUAUGGUGGAGUUAUUGUUGCUAGCUGCUGUGGAUGUCCAAAUUCAGGUCCAUUAGCAGUUCAAAGCAGAAUUGAGACGAAUCCGACCAUUUCGGAAAAAGAGCUUCUCAAUAUUUCACCAGGUGAUGAAAUCGGUGAAAAAUUUUCAAAAUUAUCUCUCAAAUUGAACAGAAGAGGAAUUUCAGUACAUUUAUUUGCAUAUUCCACUAGCCAUACAGAGAUCGCAAUCAUUGGUGCUGUUUGUGGCCUCACAGGUGGAAAAUGUCAUUUUUAUAAUAAUUUUGAUCCAGUGAAACUGAACAACGACCUUUUCUACACGAUGAUUGACAGAUACAAAUGGAAUUGCUCCAUGAAAUUCCGCUGCAGUCCUGGAAUCCAGAUCAGAAAAACGUUUGGAAAUUUAACAAAUCAGGAUGAAACGGCCUAUUUCCCGAUUCUUACAUCGGAUGCUGCAAUAACAUUUGCUCUGACCAUCACACAACCCAUAACCAAUGCAAUAUUCCAAGCAGCUCUACUUUGGUCAAUGGGUCCUUCGCAUUAUUACGUCAGAAUCUUCAAUUUCUCAAUCCCGAUUGCUUGUUCCAUCCCACAGAUGAUGAAGUCACUCGACGAACUUGCUUUAACAGCUUUUUUUGCUAAGCAUUCCGUUACUUGCUUAUUAAACAGCGGAAAAGCUAAAGCAUCGUCCGAAUUAAUGUGGCUUUUGACCGAAUUGGCCAAGAGAGGAGCUGAAUUUCAUUCAAUGUACUCAAUUGUUCAUGCUUUGAGCCAAAAUGAAAUUAUUUCCAAUUCCUCGUUCGAUUUGAUCGAUGCAAGGAUUGCAAAUGUUCUUAACAUCAGAAUGAUGAGUGCAAUUGACUGCUUACUCUUCAUUUAUCCAAGACUUAUUGAUCUAAAAACUUAUAACGUUCUUAGAUUGAGAAAACAGAACAUUUGCGAUGGAGUUUUCGCCUUGCAUGAACAUAACAGGAUUGUUGUUUGGGGAUAUCCACAGCAAAAUUCGGAUUUAAUCCCAACAAUUGUUAAUUCAAAGGAAUUUGUUGGAAAAACAGAAAAAAUGAUGAAUAUAUCAGGAAAAUAUCUCCCUGUCGAAAUCCUGAAUUCUAAUGAAGGAAAUCUUUACGCAACAAAAAGAAUGUACGAAGAUGGAGGUCCAAAGAACUUCGAUGACUGGAUGAAUGAUCUCAAAAUGGUUUCUCAGCAUUAA